CUGCAUGGAUUGCGGACAAUAGAGGCUUAUCCAUGCUGCUUACUGAUCAAUAGAGUGCAAUAGAAAUCUCUAUAUAGACUAAACACAAUGCCAAGUGUAAUUACGUGGCCACAAACAUAUAUUACACUAGUGCAGCAGAACUUAAAGGCCAGUGCACUGUCCAGGAUACUCAUAUAUAUAUAGAUCUACAGUAGCCGCUGGCCGUACGGAAGGCCAUGGCGAGACGCAAGAGGAACGCCUACUAUACCUGCACCGUGUUGAUAUUUUCUAUUUACCUUUUUCUAAAAAUGCAAAUUUUCCAACAGAGUUCCACCUCUGACACAAGUGAGGCUAUUGACUACUUUGUUAUUCAAGAUUCUCAUAAAAGUGCGGAUAGAGUGAACCACACCCAACACCAGUUCAGGUCCGACUGCCGCAGAUUAUUAGAGGGAGAUCGAGAAGAAAUUCUUUACGCCAAAAGCCGAGUAAAGAUGACCAAACCAAAAUUUAUUUCCGAUCACGCCUUUGGAGAAUUGACAUCAAAUUGUGAUACCUUUAAAAGGACGCGUGGGUACGUUUUAAACUCACUAGAAGAAGAGGAGCAAUUUCCUAUAGCAUUUAGUAUUCUACUAUACAAGGACGUGCAUCAGACAGAACGUUUGUUACGUGCAAUAUACCGUCCUCAAAAUACGUAUUGUAUACAUGUUGACGCUAAAUCAUCUGAAACGGUGCACAUAGCUAUUCGAAACAUUGCCAAGUGUUUUGAUAACGUUUUUAUAGCGUCUAAACUAGAGCGCGUAAUCUAUGCUGGUUUUUCUAGACUCAAAGCAGAAAUUAACUGCAUGCAUGAUUCCUACAAAAGACCAGAACAAUGGAAAUACUAUAUUAACUUGCCUAGUCAAGAAUUCCCUCUGAAAACUAAUUAUGAAAUGGUCCAGAUUUUGAAAUUAUACAACGGUGCUAAUGACAUCGAAGGGAUAACAGGGCGACGCUUGAGUGGAAUAGCCUACAGAUUCAGGUAUCACUGGGACAUACAAGAAAAGAAUGGGAAGCGCAUUUAUAAUAAUACUCGGAUUCUGAAGAGCAAGCCGCCAAAUAAUAUCACAAUAAUUCGAGGCAGUGCAUAUGGAAUUUUCAGUAGACAGUUUGUGAGGUUUAUUUUAAUUAAUCCGUCGGCCAAGGCUUUGUUAGAAUGGUCCAGGGACACUUACAGCCCCGAUGAAUAUUACUGGGCCACGUUAAACUUCUUGAAGUACAACCCGCACUUGAAUACUCCUGGGGGUUAUGACGGUGUGCCGGACUCCAAGCCUUGGUUGGCGGUAUGGGCUGCUUGGAAGGGCGUGGACAAAUGUUACGGCAAAUGGCAACGGGGGAUAUGCGUUUUCGGUGUCGGAGAUCUUCAAUUCAUGGUUGAGAGAAAGGAAUUAUUUGUUAACAAGUUUCUUUAUGACUAUGAACCACUGGCUCUAGAAUGCGCCGAGGAAUGGCUUCGCUAUAAACAAAUGGCAGUAUUACCAAUUGACUUAAGUUAUUAUCGAAAUUUGACUUUUUUAAGAAAAGAAAAGAAUUUGUAAUUUACAUUUAAUUCAUUUGUCAUCAUCAUCAUCAUCAUCAUCAUCAAAUAAACACAUACGAAUGAUACGCAUUUUGCGUGAACUUCAUAUUUUGAUACCCAUAACACAUACAUGUUAUUAAGGGAUCGU